CAAAAGCACGCAUCAAUCUGAAACAUUUCUGGCCGAAUGAAUUUUUGCGAAAGGGGGCAGGCUACGUAGCGUGAUGUUAUUGAUGCCACGGAUAUUGCGAAGGAUCACUUUCCUGAACUGACAAUUGUUACAUUCGGGCAGCGGCGUCAGCACUUGUUACGUCAUCACUUGGCAAUACGAAGCAGCCUGGGCUCGAGCAACUCAGCCGCGCUUGUCAGCUACACCAACAAAUUGACAUUGCGGCGCGGACAGUCAACGUCGCACACCACAUACGUCGGGAUAUCACCAAAUUCCUCACCUCUUGCAUCCGCACCUUGGAGCCACGAGUAUCCGGGACAGCGACCGCGAACCCGUCGAAUUCCGCGCAAUCGCGACGACGACGCCCAAAUCGCACAUGCGACCCUAAUACCCGCCCCCAACACCCCAUAUAACCACCUCCAACAUGAACGGCUGGCUAGUCUUCAUAAUAAUCCUGCUACUCCUGCUCUCAAUCUCCUACUUCGGGUGGUACUUCUACGCCCGGUGGAAUGCAUCCCGCAAUGGCCUACCACCGCCCUCGAUGAACCCCAUGGUAGCCUUCAGCCGCUCCUCGUCCUCUGGCGCCGCAACUUCAAACUACCCAGGCCCUGCGCCCACAGGCAUCAAAGGCUGGUUCGACACCCAGUUGCGCAAGUUUAAGAACAGGAACAACCGGUACACAACGGGUAGCGGCUACGAAGAUGCAGGCUAUAGCGGCGGACGAGGUGUUGGCGGAGGCCGUGGUGCAGGCAGUCGUCUUGAUCCCGAUGAAGCCUGGAGUUCGCGCGUGGGCGACGAAGCAUACUAUGAAGAGCAGGAACUCGGUCUUCACGAACCCGUGUCUACCCAUGGACAAACUGCGAACCCGUAUGCAAACCCUUCCCCAUACAACAACACCACCGAGCCCAGUCGCGGACGCAGCCGCACGAGAGACUCUUACGACGAACAUCUUGACGCACAGAGCGCGCGUAAUCCUUUCGGCGAUGACAACGCGGCGAGUCUCAGAGGCGUGAGUCCCAGGCCGGUGCUAGAUGCUGAUACGAGUUAUCGGGGCGGUGCCACGGCGACCAUGCCAAGCGCUCCCAAGCACAAGAAGGCGGGCAGUGUGGACAGCAUCGACAACAGUCCGACGGAGAGCCGGAGAAGUGUAUUCAGAGAGGGUUUAUAGGCUGAGGACUUUGAUAUAGGGAGGAAGGAGAUGAAUAGCUUUUUCUGAUACUAUACUUGUAUUAGGGUAGGCCCGG